CUUGGAAUUAUUGUACAUGUGCUCCCCGCCAACCAAUGAAUGCCGGCUUGGCGAUUGUGGACGAUGCCCCAAGGACAGCCAUUUUACGCUCGAGCGGCUUGGAAUCCCAGAAGAAGCAGAAAUUUUGGUAGCUGCCUGGGAGUCCGGCAACCUGAUAAAAAAAUCUUUGGAUUCAAUGACAUUCAUGAACGAACUUCAGACACUGGUAGGAAGAUGGAUUCCUCAUAAUCAGAUCAGGUCAAUUCAAGGAAAGGCCAUAUACACAGAAAAACUGUGCGAAGAAAAGGGAAGCCUCGUGCUGCAUUUUGAUUUUGCGGAGAAUUGGACCGUUGUUCUUCCCGAUGAGGUCCAAGCCUACCACUGGCAUAAGAAGCAAGUUUCGGUUUUUACAUGCGUUGCUACAACAAGAAAAUCCACGCGUAGCUUCGCUGUCAUCAGCGACGAUGUGUGCCACGACUCCGCCCACGCCUGCUGCGCAAUCGGAAAGAUAACAGACUGGCUUGAUGACAACGCUCCCGUGCACUCGCAAGUGACUUUUGUAAGCGAUGGAGCAGCGAGCCAGUUCAAGAACAAGUAUCAGCUACACGAGUUUAGAAAAUUAGAGUACCCUGCAGCCAAAUGGCUAUUUUCCGCCACUGGGCACGGCAAAAAUGCAUGCAAUGGCGUUGGAGGGCUUGUGAAGCAUCAGGCUACUCUACACAACCUGCGACAGCCGGCAAGCAUGGCAAUCCAAAAUGGACAAGACAUGUCAAGAAUACUGUCUCAGCAUCUCAAAGGGGUCAAGCUGCUCUACUUGGAUGAAACUGAACUUGUAGAGUUCCGGAACCGGAAGAAGGAAGAGUGGAGCAAUGUGCGAGCCGUCCGUGGAAUUCAGAAGUGGCACGUAUGGCGAAGUCGCAGAACGGGGCAGAACUCGGAACUAACUGUUUUCCGGACCGCGGAAAGCGCAACGACGAUCACUAUUUCAUAACCGCUGCUUGAACAUGUUGAGUGUCUAUGCAUUUUUAUUUAUUUUACAACAAUGACAGACGACGCAUCAAGAGACAGCCGGAACGAGUGGACAAGCCAAGGUGUCAGCGAUUUAUUAAAACAGUCACAUAAAGAUGUAGUAAAAGCGCUGAUCCUCAAUCCCACCGAGGUGUUAUGUUCAGUUCUUAGGUUUACUUCGCGAACCCAGGUGUUGUAUAUCGUUUCGUUCUAGGCAUUUACGUUCGCGCGACCGAGUGGUCGCGUGACCCGGCGUCUCCGGUUGCAUCCAACGUUGUUUGGGCUCAAUAGGUCGUGUUCGCUAUACAAGGCGAACACGGACGUAAUACGCGGCAGGUUAUAUAUGUUCUUCCUUUCUAUCGACACUAGUGUCUCGUGCGGAUGGUUGUGUU